AUGGCAGAGGAGAACAGGAGAGGGCAAGGGAGGGUAAGGGUGGGCAGAGGAGGGCAGAGGAGAGCAAGGGAGGGAACAGGAGGGCAGGGGAGGGCAGGAGAGGGCAAGGUAGGGCAGAGGAGGGGAGAGAAUAGCAAGGGAGGGCAAGGGAGGGCAAGGGAGAGCAAGGGAAGGCAAGGGAGGGCAAGGGAGGGCAAGGGAGGGCAAGGGAGGGCAAGGGAGGGCAAGAAAGGGCAAGGGAGGGCAAGGGAGGGCAAGAGAGGGCAAGGGAGGGCAAGGGAGGGCAAGGGAGGGCAAGGGAGGGCAAGGGAGGGCAAGGGAGGGCAAGGGAGAGCAAGGGAGGGCAAGGGAGGGCAGAGGAGGGCAGAGGAGGAAAGUGGAGAGCAAGAGACGGCAGAGGAGGAAAGUGGAGAGCAAGGGGCGGCAGAGGAGGGCAUGAGAGGCCAAGGGAGGGCAAGCAGUAGUGCUUUUGGAACAGCAGCCUGGAUUUUCAUCAAGUCAAUUAGUGCCUUGCUAAUAAGCGAGGUAAUAUGCAUGAUUGAUGAUAUUGCUUGA